ACCGUUCUACCAUAAUUGCGAAGGCCCCUUGGCCUCCGUAGCAGCCUCCCUCCUCCAGGGUUGCGCCUCCUCGACUGGCGGUACCCUUCGCAAGGCUCGCCAACUCCACGCCCUCAUCGUCGUCGCCACCCCCCGCGGCUCCCCUCCCUUCCUCUUCAACAACCUCCUCUCCCUCUACGUGAAAUGCGGCGCCAUCAGCCACGCCCGCAAGCUCUUCGACGCAAUGCCCAGCAGAAACCUCGUCUCCUACAACGCGAUGAUUGCCGCCUACUCUUGGUACCCCCCCGGCGCUCAUUCUGCUUUCCAGAUCUUCCGGGAGUCGCGCCUCGCCGGCCUCGGGCCUGGCGCUUCCACGCUUUCUAGCCUCAUCCGCGCUGCUGCUGCUCUUCGGGAGCCUCUGCUGAGCCGCGCCUUGCACUCCGUAGUCGUCAGACAUGGUCUCCUGAACAAUGUGUGUGUUCAAACUGCGCUUCUCGGGAUGUACUCUGACAGCGGAAGUCCUGAAGCUGCCGAGAGCAUCUUUUCUGAGAUGGGCGAGGGAGAUGUCGUCGCUUGGAAUGCUAUAAUACUAAGCAACGUCAAGCAUGGCAAGAUCGAGCAGGGUUUGCGGCAUUUUUCCCGCAUGAUCGAGACAGGCUUGGUGCCCGACAAUUCCACGUUUUCUAUAGUUUUCAAUGCUUGUGGGAGACUGGAGAACCCAAAUAGAGGGCGUAUCGUGCAUGCAAAGAUGAUCAAAUCAGAAAUGGAACCUGAUAUCCCGUUGCAGAAUGCACUCAUCAGCAUGUAUUCUGGCUGUGGAGACAUGACAACGGCAUUACUAGUUUUUGAGAGGAUCGAGAAGCCAGGCUUGGUCUCGUGGAACUCAGUUAUUGCUGGUUACUCAGAUGUCGGUGAAGGAGAGAAGGCCAUGGAAGUAUUCAUCGAAUUGCAAACUCUUUCCUUUUAUGGAGGGCCAUGCCCCGAUGAGUAUACGGUUGCCACUGUUGUUUCUGCUACUGCUACUUUACCCUCUAUAUGCUACGGGAAGCCUCUUCAUGCCCACGCUAUAAAAUCAGGGUUGGAAUUUAGUAUGUUUGUGGGAAAUACGCUGAUCAACAUGUACUUCAUCAAUGAUGAUCCCGACUCUGCUCGGAAACUGUUCAAUUGCAUUCAGAUUAAAGAUGUCAUAAUUUGGACUGAAAUGGUUGUUGGUCAUUCGAGAUUGGGUGAGGGUGAGUUGGCUAUGAAAUACUUUUACCAUAUGCUAGAGGAAGAGCACAAAGUUGAUAGCUUUUCUCUCAGCAGUGCAUUGAAUUCAUCAGCUGAUCUUGCAGUGCUGAAACAAGGGGAAAUGAUCCACUCUCAGGUGGUGAAAGCAGGAUAUGAAGCAAAUCUGUGUGUCUGCGGGAGUCUAGUUGAUAUGUAUGCUAAAAAUGGUAAUCUCGAAGGUGCUAGGUCAGUCUUUUACAGAAUAAAGGAUCCGGAUUUAAAAUGCUGGAAUUCGUUGAUUGGAGGAUAUGGUAAUUAUGGAAAUGCUGAGCAGGCAUUUGAGCUGUUCAAUAAGAUGGUUAAGAAAGGGUUACAGCCUGAUCAUGUGACCUAUCUGUCUCUGCUUUCUACCUGUAGUCAUUCUGGAAUGGUCGAGAGAGGAAGAUUCUACUGGUUCUGCAUGACGGCAGAUGGUAUAAUGCUGGCUUUUAAGCAUUAUACUUGCAUGGUAAAUUUGUUAAGCCGAUCGGGACUAUUGCAGGAAGCUGAAGGGUUCGUUAUGAGAUCACCUUUUUCUAAGUCUCCUGAGCUAUGGAGAAUCUUAUUGAGCUCAUGUGUUAUCUUCAGAAAUUUGGAAAUAGGUGUUCAAGCUGCAGAGAAAGUUUUGAUAUUAGAACCAGAUGAUAGUCCUACGUAUAUAUUGCUUUCAAAUCUUUAUGCUUCUGUUGGCAGAUGGGAUGCUGUUGCUGGCAUGAGAAAACAGUUCAGAGGACUAAUGGUAGAAAAGGAACCUGGUUUAAGCUGGAUUGAGAUUAAAAAUGCAGUACAUGCUUUUUCUGCAGAUGAUAAUACACAUGUGCAUAUUAACGAGUGCCGAAAUGAACUGCUUAGACUACAGGGAAAUUUAGUGGGAUCAAAAUCACCUGAUUUGCAGCUUUUCUACAGUAUGAUAUGCUAAGAAAGAGCUUUAUUUGCUGGCAUCCUUGCAGGUGUCGUAUGCAGGCCAAACUGGUUUGCUUUUGAGUGAUAAGAAACAAUAUUUUUGUCAGCAAGUCUAUAGUUCAUCUCAUGUGCCUGCUGCUCUUAUAUAAUCAAAUUGUUAUGUGAUUUU